AUGCAGAGAAUCCUCGGUCCGGUCUCGCGCCAGUUGCUGCGAUCCACCCCCCGCUAUCCCUUUGCUAUCCCCGGCCCCAUUGCCGCGAAACGACUAUACACAAUGAGCCAUACCGUGCCUCCGUUAAAAGACCAGUCUCUCUUCAUUGAGAAGGCCUACGUCAAUGGCGAAUGGAUCGGAGCCCAGUCGGGCGAAACCUUUGAGGUCCACGACCCCGCCAGCGGCAAGCUGAUCGGAACUUGCCCCGAAUUUAACGCCGCCGACACCAACAAGGCCAUCCAAGCCGCCACCGAGGCCUUCCCGAAGUUCCGCACCACCCUCGCGCGCGAACGCGCCCGCAUGCUCCGCCGCUGGUACCAGCUCAUGAUCGACAACGCGGACGACCUGGCUACGCUGAUUACCUGGGAGAACGGCAAGCCGCUCGCGGAUGCCAAGGGCGAGGUCAACUACGCCGCGGGCUUCUUCGAGUGGUUCAGCGAGGAGGCCCCCCGCGUCUACGGCGACACCAUCCCGUCCUCGGUGGCGGGCAACCGCGUCUUGACGCUCAAGCAGCCCGUCGGCGUGUGCGGCCUGAUCACCCCCUGGAACUUCCCCGCGGCGAUGAUCACCCGCAAGGUCGCCCCGGCCCUGGCGGCCGGCUGCACCGUCGUGUGCAAGACCCCCGGCGAAACGCCCUUCACGGCCAACGCGCUCGCCGAGCUCGCCCACCGCGCCGGCAUUCCCAAGGGCGUCGUCAACGUCGUCCCGGCACUCAAGAACACCCCCGAAGUCGGCGAAGCCAUCACCACGCACCCCGAAGUGCGCAAGGUCUCCUUCACCGGCUCCACGAACGUGGGCAAAAUCCUCAUGAAGCAAUCCGCGUCGACCCUCAAAAAGGUCUCCUGGGAACUCGGCGGCAACGCGCCCUUCAUCGUCUUCGACGACGUCGAAGACCUCGACGCAGCCGUCUCCGGCGCCAUCGCCUCCAAAUUCCGCAGCUCAGGCCAGACCUGCGUGUGCGCCAACCGCAUCUACAUCCAGCAGGGCGUCUACGACGAGUUCUGCCGGCGCUUCGUCGCCAAGAUGCAGGACUUCAAGCUCGGCGCGGGCUUCGGCGAAGGCAUCACCCACGGACCCGUCAUCCACGGCCGCGCCGUCGACAAAGUCGACCAGCACGUGCAAGACGCAGUCUCCAAGGGCGCGCAGCUCGCCGCCGGUGGCUCGCGCCGCCCGGAGCUGGGGUCCAACUUCUACGACCUGACUGCGCUCACGCACAUGAACAAGGACAUGCUCCUCGCGUCGGAGGAGACGUUCGGGCCCGUGGCGGGUCUGUUCGCGUUCUCGACGGAGAAAGAGGUCGUCGAGCUGGCGAACCGCGCGGAGGUCGGUCUGGCCGGGUACUUCUUCAGCGGGAACGUGCGCCGCGUUUUCCGCGUCGCUGAGGCGCUGGAGGUCGGUAUGGUUGGUGUGAACACGGGGAUAAUCAGCGAUGUUGCGUCGCCGUUUGGAGGCGUCAAGCAGAGUGGGUUUGGUCGCGAGGGCAGCAAGUAUGGGAUUGAGGAGUUCUUGACGAUUAAGAGUGUUACGUUUGGGGGGAUGGGCGAGCCCCUUCAGGGGUAG